AUGAAUGACGCUGAUGUUUCCAGUCAGAUCCAUCAGAUGGUCAGGUUUAUCCGCCAGGAAGCUGAAGAAAAGGCCAACGAGAUCUCUGUCUCCGCCGAAGAGGAAUUCAACAUUGAGAAGUUGCAGCUCGUUGAAGCAGAGAAGAAGAAGAUAAGACAAGAGUAUGAGAAGAAGGAGAAGCAAGUCGAUGUCAAAAGGAAAAUUGAUUACUCAAUGCAACUGAACGCAUCGAGGAUCAAAGUGCUACAAGCACAAGAUGACAUUGUCAAUGCAAUGAAAGAAGAAGCAGCAAAGGAGCUUCUGAAAGUUAGCCAACAUGGCUUCUUCAAUCAUCAUCACCAUCAGUACAAACAUCUCUUGAAACAUCUCAUUGUUCAGUGUUUGCUUAGACUGAAAGAGCCUUCAGUGUUGUUGCGUUGUCGUGAAGAAGACCUUCACAUGGUGGAGUCAAUGCUUGAUGAUGCUACUGAAGAAUAUUGCGAGAAAGCAAACGUGCAUGCUCCUGAGAUCAUAGUAGACAAAGACAUUUUCCUUCCUCCUGCUCCUUCCAAAGAUGAUCCUCAUGCUCCUUUCUGUGCUGGAGGAGUUGUGUUAGCUUCUCGUGACGGCAAAAUCGUGUGUGAAAACACUCUUGAUGCAAGAUUGGAGGUCGCGUUCCGCAAGAAUCUUCCCGAGAUCCGAAAGUCGCUCUUUGGGAAGGUAGGUGCAGCUUGA